ACACUAAUCACGUUUCCUUAAGAUUCCCGUCUCAAAUAAAACUCAAUUUGAGGAAAGUUCAAAUUGUAACCGUGUGGGACUCUCUGUUCUACCUACCUAGCAAGUCACUGCACAUAAAAAUUACAGUAAUUAAGAGAACUCUGUGUCAGAUGAUUUGCUAGAAUCUUUCCCUACAAGCUCACAAGUUUAACGGCUGAAUACGCGAUUAAGAGAGAAUAAUUUGAUGGCCUAAUCAAUUUUUAGCAGGCGUUUGGUAAUGACUCUUUCGUUGGUAUAUGCCUUUUUAAUGAAUUGGGUGUUGGCAACAAAAUAGUUGGUGAAAAUGUUCUAUCAGAUCUAAUCGAUCUGACGACACAUGCAUACACCAUCAUUUUAACCGCAGGGAACCGUGCAAAAUGGGGAUACAGAGCAUGAUUCUUGUGAGCAUAUUGGGAGUGCUGUUUUUAGCAGUAGGCUCUAAUGGGGCUUGUUCCCAGGGUAGCUGCCUGGUUCAUGAUAUUUGUGCCAAAGAUAGUGACUGCGAAGAUGGGCUUAAAUGCUUAUCUUGCAGUUCUGUGGGUGACAUGAAUUAUAGAUGCACUAGGUUUAAUGUCACAGACCCUGUCUCUAAGGUGGGCGGCUUGCCUUUCAACAGAUAUUCAUGGCUCACAACCCACAAUUCCUAUGCAAUUGUUGGAGAGAGGUCCUACACGGGUACCGCUCGCUUCACAUUCUACAACCAAGACGAUAGCGUGACUAGUCAGCUGAAUAAUGGUGUGAGGGGACUUAUGUUGGACAUGUACGAUUUCGAGAAUGAUAUCUGGCUUUGCCAUUCCUUUGGAGGUACCUGCCUCAACAUCACAGCUUUUAUGCCUGCCAUCAAUACAUUGAAAGAGAUCACAGCAUUUCUGGCAGCCAAUCCAUCUGAAAUCAUUACAAUAUUCAUUGAAGACUAUGUCAAAUCAUCCAAAGGCCUAACCAAAGUCUUCACUACAGCUGGACUCAUGAAAUACUGGUUUCCGGUCUCAAGAAUGCCCCAAAAUGGUGGAGACUGGCCUACUGUGGACGACAUGGUUGCCAAAAACCAGCGCCUUAUUGUUUUCACCUCUCAAUCAUCUAAAGAGGCCUCUGAAGGAAUUGCUUACCAAUGGAAAUAUGUAGUUGAGAAUCAAUAUGGUGAUGCUGGUUUACCAAAUGGAAGCUGCACAAACCGAGCUGAAUCAAAAAAUUUGACUUCAACAAGCCAGUCCCUUUUCUUGGAGAAUUUCUUCCCUACUAAUCCCAGCGUACCAGUAGCCUGCACUGUCAAUUCUGACCGGCUUUCAAACAUACUGAGUGUGUGUUAUGAGAAUGCAGGCAAAAGAUGGGCUAACUUCCUAGCAGUAGAUUACUACAAGAAAAGCUACGGGGGAGGUGCAUUUCAAGCUGUGGAUAAGCUGAAUGGACAACUGACCUGUGGUUGCAGUGAUGUUACAGAAUGCCAGGCAAAUGGAACGUUUGGAGUAUGCAAGACAUCAAGUAAUAAUAAAUCAAACACAGAAGGGAGUUCAACUAGUGUUACCUCUGGUCAAUCUGGAACAGAUGCCUCUGCGGCUUCUUAUGUUGAAAGCUUCAUUCCGCUCACUGUGCUGCUCUUCUUGCUACACCUGAUGCAUCUUGCCUAUACUCUCUAGGCAUAAAAGUGGUGGGAUUUUUGUGUGAAUUAAAUAUGAAUCCAAAUGCUCACCCAUCAUGAAUUUCGACACCUUAAGCCUUAUUUUGCACUUCAGUAUUGUAUACAGGCAAAUUGCUACUUUUCGGUUCCAUCUACGAACUAGGACAUACAUCAGUUCAAUCCUGAGUACGAUUGGAAUUAUUCUACAGACCUUGUCAGCAUUGGGAAGUUCUCAACUUAAGGAAUUGAUCGACAAGUUGUGUUAUCUUUGGUGAUCACAUGAUUUGCAUGUUGCUCGUAUUGUACCCAUUUUUUUAACAGAAUAAAUAAUUUGUUGAUUUGUAGGUUGUUGAAGGCAGUAAAACUAUUUCACAAGUUUGUACUUAACUUCCAAUAAAUGAAUUUGAAUUCAAAUCUAA